AGUAAAAUAUAUAUUCUAUUGCCCAAAUGAAUCAAAGGAAGCGCUGUCGCACCACCUAUCCAAGCGUGGGCAACAGGAGGAAGUAUGUGCAAUUCGGGGGGUUAGGAGAGUGAAGAGCAACAAUCGAAUCCAUUUUGUUUGAUUUUGACCAAAAGGUGAACCGUAAUGUGCCACAGACCUGCACCCGACUACAGUGGCAACACUUACUUGGGCAUCCACAUGGACAGGGAGAAGAUUGAGGCGUUGCUGCUAAAUGCUGAACUCCAGAUGACAUACAGCGCCGUGGUGCGCUACGAUGUGGAUCUGCCCGAGUACAAAACCAUAGAUGGUGUCAAUGCUGGCUCCGAGCCGAACGAAUAUCAAAUAAAUCCGGUCAUGUAUAUCAAGGCGCUGGACAUGCUGUUCAAUUGUCUGGCAACCAGGGGUGCAGAUUUGCAUUCGGUGGCCGCCAUUAGUUGUGGAACGCAUCAUCAUGGCGCCAUUUACUGGUCCCUUGCCGGUUUUCGUGCGCUCUGUGGCCUAAAUCCAAAAAUGCGCCUGCAUGAACAGCUAACAGAAAAGGCAUUUGCCCUGCCCACGCUGUAUUGGAUGAAUGACUCGCUUGAGAAACAGUGCGUCGCCAUGGAGGAUCUGGUCGGCUCCAUUGAAAUACAAAAACGAACGGGCUCCAGGGCCUCAGUGCGCAUGACGGGCCCCGAAAUCCGUAAAGUCUAUGAGGUCUAUCCGGAGAAAUAUGAGCAAACCGUACGCAUUUCGCUAAUGAGUAGUUUUCUGGCAUCGCUGCUUAUUGGCAACAUUGCGUCCAUUGAUUACACCGAUGGCUCGAAGAUGUGUCUCUUGGAUAUAGGCAAUAAAACCUGGUCGCCCGAGUGCCUGGAGGCAUGUGCGCCCAAUUUGGAAUCACGUCUAAUGCAGCCAAUUGCCACGAAUCGGCUGCAGGGACGGAUUGCCAAUUACCAUGUGAAUCGUUGGAAUUUUCGACCCGACUGCAUGAUCGUUGCCGCCACGCUCAUCAGUGCCUGCAUGCUAUCCAGCCUGAAGGAUCAGAGAUGUUUUUUGAUUUUGUCAUUGUCCAAAUCGGACCACAUCAUUAUGCACUUUAAGGAUCAGCCCCUAGUGCACGAGGGCAAUGUCUUGUGCCAUCCGACGAUGCCCGACGAAUACAUGGGCUCAUUUUUCUUUCGCAAUGGCAGCACGGUGCGUGAACGCAUCUGCCAGGAGGUGGCUAAUGGCAAGUGGUCCGUCUUUAAUGAGAUGUUAGCCGCCACGCCCAAAGGCAAUGCGGGCCACAUUGCCAUACAUUUCGAUGAGAUGGAGUAUAUACCGGAGGCGUGUGGUUCGCUGCGCUGGGAUAACGACAUUAACGAGCUAUCGCAGGAGGCGCUGCACGGACGCGAGCGAUUCCCAGAGCCCAGAUUUGAGGCUCGCGCCGUCAUCGAGGGUCAGUUGUUGCAUCAUCGUGCCGUUGCCGCCAGCAUGGGUGUGAGCUUCUGUCCGGAGACCAAAAUCGUUGUCGCGAACGAUUGCUCCAGGAAUGAUAGCAUACUGCAAAUAGUUGCCGAUAUCUUCAAUGCAUCCGUCUACCGGCUGGAGGAAACGUCACAGGCGAGCGUUCUAGGUGCCGCCUAUCGUGCUCGCUAUGCCUUCUAUCAGUAUCGCGAGGUCAACUGCAAUUGCCGCAGAUGCAAAAUUCGCCGUGGCAGACAGCCGCAACUCAGCUACGCUGAGUUCUUCCAACGCACUCCGGACAAUCUGAAGCUCGUGGCCGAGCCGACGCCUGGCUGCAAUGCCAUCUACGAUCCAAUGAUCCAGCGCUGCAUACGGAUGUGCCAACUACUGGCUGCCAGCAAAUCCAUCGACGAGAGCCGCAUCAAAUACAGCGACGAAAACUCACUCCGGCCCCUCUAAAGGACCUCAAAUAAAUUUCCGUUAUGCAAAUCUAGUUAUUGAAGUCCAAAGUCAAAUAAAGUAGUUACAUUUUGACC